AUGAGUCGUAACAAUCAAUCUUUUGCACGCCCGUCCUCGCUUCACUUAAACGACUUCGACUUCAGGGACUUUUUAGAUCUCCCACAGCCCCAGCCACUCAGUUCUCAAGAAUCCCAGCAUGAAACUGAGGAAUUCUAUUCCACCAAAAAAUCCACAGGGAGAAAGCAAAUUGCUGACACAAAAAUUUUAAAUCGCUUUGAAAGCCUAUCUAAGCCAAAGCCUCCAAAGAAAGAGUAUACCUAUUUUAUAUAUAAAAUUAAUAAUAAUUUAAAUUAUUUUUUAAUAGAAAAUUCAUAGUAAAAAAGAAUACCUUACUCCCCUCAAGGGUUAAUCUUCUGUUUUAAAUUUAUUAGGGUUUUUCCUUAGACGCAAAAUGAUAAGAGGCCAUAAGCGUGUCAACCGGCAAAUAGAAAAAGGAAUUAUCCCCAAAAGGACCUUAAAUGUAUUUUCAGCUCAAGCCAAAAGCUUCUGGGAUCGCCUCACAAAAACGUUUACCCAAUAUAAAAACAUAUUAAGCCAAGAAAGCAAAACUGAAGCAGGGCCGAAAACAGAUGGCAAAACUAAGAGAAAAGCAGAAGAGGAUGGUCUUCCAAAGAGCUUUAAUGGAAAGUUCUGCAGGAAAUAUUUCGAGCCAAUUGAAGUUAGAGAGUCCUAUUUUUAUUAUACAGAGUACGUAUUUUCCGAAUUCGAUCCUGACAUUUUAUCUAAAAAAUUCAAGUUAAGGUGCUGCAGAGCUCCUCAGCAUUCUUCAGAAUGCAUGAAUAGCUGGAAAUUGCUGAAAUUUUAUGUCCAAAAAAUAAUGUUUGAUAAUAUUGGCAUCGAGCCAUGGCUUGCAGUAGAAAGCACCAAUGAUGUGUCGAACUUUUCACUGCCACAAAACAAGAUGGUUGAGAAAGGUAUCGAUGAAAUCAUUGAUGUCUGCGAACCUGAGGAAAUCAACGCCGAGCCACUUUGCUUGUUCAAAGAGGUUGACGAUGAGGACAUUGAUCCUGAUCUGUUCUUUGGCUUUUAG